ACACACAACACUGAAACUCUGAAACGAACACACAUCCACGCGAGCGCACGCGCGAAUCGCCGAGGACGUCACCGGAGACGCGGCAGGCGACGAGCCCCCCUCCUGAUUCCGGCGACCUCCUCGCGGAGGGGUCAGCGCCGUAGGCGUGGGCCACCCAUGGCUCGUCGGUCGUCGUCGUCCUCCUCGUCGGGGGCGUGGCGGUACCUGAACCCCGCGUAUUACCUCAAGCGCCCCAAGCGCCUCGCCCUCCUCUUCUUCGUCUUCGUCGCCGCCACCUUCGCCUUCUGGGACCGCCAGUCGCUCGUCAGCGAGUACGAGUUAGCGUGUAGUACUAGCAUCAGCAUGCAUGCACUGGAAGGGCUGGGGCCCUUGCCGCUCGGGGGUCCAGGCUGGUUGCCCCAUCUGCCCAGUCUCUGGGCCAGCACUAUUCAGUGGGAGGAGUAUGGCCGCAUGGGGAUAGUAAGGUACUUCAUCAGCUUAGACUUGUCUCAGUCUGAGAUUUCCCGGUUAGAGAAUGAAAUAAAUCAGUUGCAUGGUCAGUUAAGAAAGGCUGGGGUUCAUCUGGAUGAAAAUCCAACAAGUGACGAAAUGUCCAGAAAAGAUCUUGUAGAGAUUGAUCCUAUUAAUAUCGAUAGGAGGGAAAAGGUUAAGGAUGCUAUGCUCCAUGCUUGGAAUUCCUAUGUAAAGUAUGCAUGGGGAAUGGAUGAGCUUCAGCCACGUUCAAAGAAUGGUGUCAAUAGCUUUGGUGGUCUUGGGGCAACCCUUGUGGACUCGCUCGAUACAUUGUAUAUAAUGGGCCUAAAAGAUGAGUUUCGGAAGGCCAGAGACUGGGUAGCAGAGUCAUUAAGGUUUGACAAGGAUUAUGACGCCAGUGUUUUUGAAACGACCAUAAGGGUUGUUGGAGGUCUCCUCAGUGCAUAUGAUAUGUCUGGUGAUAAAGUUUUUCUCGAUAAGGCUAAGGAUAUUGCUGAUCGAUUGCUACCUGCUUGGGAUUCAACAUCCGGCAUCCCUUAUAAUUCAAUCAACCUAGUUCAUGGCCGAGCCCAUAAUUUUGGAUGGACCAACGGUGAUAGUAUCCUUGCGGAUUCUGGAACGGAGCAACUUGAAUUUAUAGCAUUGUCCCAGAGAACUGGUGAUCCCAAAUAUCAGCUGAAGGCGGAAAAUGUCAUCCGACAGCUUCAGAAGAUAUAUCCAAGUGAUGGCUUACUUCCUAUCUACAUAAAUCCUCAGUCAGGAACAGCCUCAUACUCAACAAUUACAUUCGGUGCUAUGGGAGAUAGCUUUUACGAGUACUUGCUCAAGGUCUGGAUUCAGGGGAAUAAAACCGAGAGCGUAAAACAUUACAGAGAAAUGUGGGAGACAUCAAUGGAAGGUUUAAUAAGCUUGACUAGGAGAACUACACCGUCUAAUUACUCCUACAUCUGUGAGAAGAACGGUGGCUCGUUGUCUGACAAGAUGGACGAACUUGCAUGCUUUGCCCCUGGUAUGCUGGCACUGGGAGCCUCUGGUUAUGGGCCUGAAAAGGCUAAACAGAUUAUGAAUCUUGCAGAAGAGCUUGCUCGGACCUGUUAUAACUUCUACCAAACAACACCCACGAAGUUGGCGGGCGAGAAUUACUAUUUCCAUGAAGGACAGGAUAUGAAUGUGGGCACAUCAUGGAAUAUCCUGAGACCAGAGACUGUUGAAUCACUAAUGUACCUGUGGCGCCUCACGGGGAACAAAACAUACCAAGAUUGGGGGUGGGACAUAUUUCAGGCAUUUGAGAAGAACUCCCGCAUUGAAUCUGGAUAUGUGGGACUGAAAGAUGUGAACAGUGGCGAAAAGGACGACAAAAUGCAGAGCUUCUUCCUAGCAGAGACGCUCAAGUACCUCUACCUGCUGUUCUCCCCUCCAUCAGUCAUAUCCUUGGACGAGUGGGUCUUCAACACCGAAGCUCACCCAUUGAGAAUUGUUCCAGUACAUGGUAGCAAAGGUGACUCAACUGACACUAAAACACCAGUGGUAAGUCUCGGAAGGAAGCAGGGCAAACAGGGGUAGGCCUGAACUAUAGGGUGCAGGAUUUUUGCAUCUGCCGUCUGAUUUUGACCUGCGGGACGGAAAAAUUUACAUUACAGGGAAAUAUUCAUCCCCAGAGCGGCAAGGGUUGCAAAUCGCGGCAUUAGGCUAUGUAGGAAACAACAUUAUAUAGGUAGAGGAUGAUGAGAUAAUCUGGGGCAGUCCCCCAUGAAAAUUUUCAUCUUUUGGACUUGCUUGCGCUCCCUGCGCUAUUGAUUUGCAGCAUACAUGUAACUUAGUGUCCAUAUUUUGUUGCUUGCCUGGGGCUCUCUGGAGCUGUUGUAUUCUCAUGAUUUCCCUCCGAGUUGUUACCAUUUGGAAUAGUAUAUGGUCUAUAAAACAUUUGUUGUGUUUUCCGUUUA